AUGUUAACGACAACAGGAAUAGGAAUUUUAGUAACUUAUCGGUAUAACAACAGCAACAGAAACUUUCAUAAUAAUAAUCAUCAAUCUUAUAACAACAACUAUGGUAGAAACAACGCCUGGUUUAAUUAUAAUCAGAGGAGGCAGAUUCAAUGUGACGAUCAAAAUCAUAAUAAUUACCGAUCUUACAACAACAAUUCAAGUUAUGAAGGAAACAACAGGUGGCAUAAUAAUAAUAACCAAAGAAAACAAAUCGAAUAUGACGAUCGUAAUCGGAAGGAUUUUAACCAAAGAAAACAAAUCGAAUAUGACGAUCGUAAUCGGUGUAAGGAUUUUAAUCAAAGAAAACAAAUCCAGUAUGAUAAUCAAAACUUCUGCGAUAGCAAUAAUUGUAAUAUGAACAUUGAAGAAAUUGGGGAAAAUAAAGUUGACAUUGCCAAAGAUAAUAAUGAGAAUGAUUUCAAUGUCAACAACCUGGCUGAAAAUACAGACAAAGGAAAUGUCGAUACCAAUUAUAAAGACGAAAUCAAUAAACUUAUUAAAGGUUGUGAAUCCAAAUUGACUAGCGAACCAAUUAACAAAAUUAAUGUCAAAUUACAUUUAAGAUGUGACGCCCAACCUAAAAUAAUACCACCAAGACGUAUACCGUAUUCAAAGAUUGAUCUUGUGGGCGAAGAACUGAAAAGAUGGAUACACGAAAAAAUUAUUGAGCCUGUAAAUGAUGUGCGAUGGGCGAGUCUUAUAACCGCCAUAUACAAAGAUGAUGGGAGCAUCAGGCUUUGCGCAGAUAUUAAAGACACUAUAAACCCAGCUCUCGAAGACUUUAGAUGCUCACUUCCACGUAUAAAUGAUUUUAUAGUUAAACUUUCAGAAGGAAAAAAAUUUACCAAAAUCGAUUUCAAAAAUGCUUCUACAAGUUCCGAUUGA